AUUCGUAUUGCGUUCGUUGCCGGCGACGGUCGACCGUGGACUCUGGCUGACUUACUUUCUCCCUUUUGCUGUUGCUCUCCGCUCUCCGUUACCUGCGCCAGCAGUGAGUGUUUGUGUGUAUACCCGAGAGGCCGACCGUCUGCUCUGCUCUCCGCCGCAAAACCGUCUAGUGUGCCAGAGCGUGUACUAUAAAGGCAGAGGCAGGAAGAUAUUCGUCAUUCUUAUCCGAGUGCGUGCGUGUGUAGUGCAGCUUAGUUUCGCGUUUGUUGCAGCCCGAACCACAUCGCUCAGCAAAUAAUUUGACCAUUAGUCGUUCCGAACAUACAGAGAUACUGCCAAACCGAGGCGUCCCGCCGCGUGCACAACAAACAAGGUGUUCCGUUCCUCCGAUUUCCCUAGCCCGUUCAUUCACGUGCAGACCAAAGCGUGUGUGCUUGUGUGUAUUGUUUGUGUCCGGUUUGGCAAAAAGAAGUGCGCAAAGCAAAUUUGAGUGAGAGUGUUUUUUCCCUGUGUGCGAGGGAAAGAUCGCAAGUAGAUCGCACCAAGACAACGUAGUGCAAAGAAAGGGAACAGCAGCUCGAGUGAAGUGAACUCGCCCAUCACCCUGACAUUCGCGGGCUAACGUGCAAAGAGACAACCGAAGCUUCUGUUUGCAAAAUGUGGUCCGGCUUUGCAGCUUGCGUAGCAGAAGCCUGACACGACACGACACGCCGUGUGUAGCUUCUUCCCACCCUACGCAAAAGGGGGAGUUACCAGCACCGCGUUGAAAGGAGCAAAGCGGAGUACGACCAAUCGUACCCGUAGUUGUGUGUGUGUGUGUGUCCGUACCACCCCAUAGAGAGCCACCGAAUUGUCCGGCUUGAUGAAAACGCACCCGGCGGCACGGGAAGCAACGAGCAACGCUAGACGCCGCGGCCAGUUACACGCACUGCUAGCAACACUUAUGCAUUGUGAUCGGGAAUACGCGUCCGCCACCGAAUCCGCCACCCACUGUCUGCGCUAUCUGCCCAAGGACCCGCGGCUCAGAUCGACGGGAAGACCGCAGGACCCCCGGACGCCCGGAAUAACGACCAUUCGCCGCACCGACAUCGCCUUCGCCACCAUCGCCACCACCACCACCGCCGCCGCCGCCAGCAGUAGCAGCAGGUUAAAUAAGAGAAGCAAUAAUUGUAGUAGUAGUAGCAGUAGUAGUGGUAGUAGAGACAGUAAAUUGAGCCGGAAUACCCACACCAGCGUGAAGCUGCUUCGUGCUCGUGCUAUUUGUGCCAGCGCCAAAAAGAAUAUCCGUAGUAACAUCCGUUCUAUCGGCGACGACGCCAGUACGCGGCCAGUUUCGUUUGCGUCUAUCGUACCGAAGUGGGAAGAGGAGGAGAAGAAGAAGCAGGCAGGUGUUAGUAGCAGUGGCACCUUGACCCGCCUUUCGGGACAGCUGUUCGUUCGCGUCGUUUAGUAGUGGUCGAGCACGGUGAUCGACACCUUUCCCCCGUUUGUACAACACUGCCACUAGAGCGCGUACGGAAAAGCAUUUAAAUUAAGUGUGUCUUAGAGUGUCCGUGUGUGUGUGUGCGUGUGUGCUGAAUGAACGAUUUCGUCUGGCCACACAGAAGCAAACCGCAACCACUUGGGACCGUGCGUCGAAGCCAGCUCGAAUACGAUGGUGCUCGAAAUACGCGUUACCGAUCCGUCGGAAAAGUCGAUCACGCCGGAGCGGGUGAAACCGUUCACGGAGGAGCAGGAGGAUCGGCGUAACAACAAUCGCCACUCGCCCGGCCGCAUCGGGCGCGAUGAGCUCGAAGCGAUCAAGACCAACCUGCUCAACACGAACGAGGUAACGUUCAGCACCGUGCUCGAUACGGACCUCGGGCCGCCCGGUUCACCGCCGGGACGUGGGGGCAAUUAUGGCAAAAACCUGAGCAUGGCACAGCUGAAGGUCCCGGGCGUCGGUGGUGAGCCCGCUGGCGAUGGUGGAGGCAAUGGUGGUGAUGGCACGCGCCGCAUUCGACUGAUUUCCGAGCUGUCGGAGGCGGACUCGAUCCUGUCCUCGUACCACGAGGGCGGGUACAAGAAGAAACCGCCGAAAAUCCCGGACGGCGGGUACGGUUGGGUGAUCGUGUUUUCCUCCUUCAUGAUCUCGCUCAUCAUGGACGGCGUGUCGUUCUCGUUCGGGCUGAUCUACACCGAGCUGCUCGACUACUUCGGCGAGUCCAAGUCGAAGACGGCCUGGAUCGGGUCGCUCUUCAUCGCGGUACCGCUCCUGUCGGGGCCGAUCAUGUCGAACCUGGUCGAUCGGUACGGCUGCCGCAAGAUGACCAUGCUCGGUGGGUUCAUCGGGGGGAUGGGCUUCGUGCUCGCCUCCAUCUGCCAGUCGGUCGAGCAGCUGUACUUUACGUUCGGCAUCCUGUCCGGGGUGGGGCUCGGCUUCGGCUACGUGACGGUGGUCGUGUGCGUGGCCUUCUGGUUCGACAAGCGGCGCACCUUCGCGACCGGCAUCGGGGCGUCCGGCACGGGCAUCGGUACGUUCGUGUAUGCCCCGCUGACCCAGUGGUUGAUUAACAACUUUGGCUGGCGCGGAACGACGCUCAUACUGGCCGGCACGCUGUUUAACAUGGUGGCGAUGGGUGCGCUGAUGCGUGACCCCGAGUGGAUGAUCGAGGAAAGCCGGCUGGAGAGCAGGGCGCAGAGCAUCCAGACGUUUUCGAACUCGAGCGUAUACCUGGACGAGAUCAAGAAGCUGAUCGAGACGGGCAUCCCGAAGGAGCACGUGCUGGACACGCUCGUGACGAACGUGAACACCGAGGCGAACCAGGCGAUACCGCCCGAGGACCCGGCGAUGACGAAGAAGUACUCGAGCGAGGUCGCACUGCCGACGUUCUUCAGCGAGCAGGAACAGCACGGUGCCGGCGGUGGUGGUCCACGUGCUGGAGGAGGUAAUUUGCACGCCAGCCAUCGAUCUCUGCGCCAUAACGUGCUCACGAAGGAGACGUUCAAGCGUAGCGGCCGGUUGGCCCAAGCGAAGGCACGGCUCGCCAGCACGGAAACGCUCAACUCGUACGAGAAGCUGUCCGACGAAGAGGAGCACGAGCACCACCCGGAUGGCGUUAGUCUUAGGAUUCACGCGUCACUCAAGACGCUCAGCGUGGCCUCGCUGGAGGACGGCUAUCUGAGCGAGAAGCGGGCGCAGGAGCUGCACGUAAAGGCGGGCGGCAGCACGUGGUCGUUGGAUGAGGUCGCACUGGCCGGCUCGCUGGUCGUACCGUCACCGCACGGUGAUGCGGCAAGCGGUGGUGGCGUCGGUGGUGGUGGUGCUAGUAUUGGUGACGGUAGCCGGACGGAGAAAUGUCGCAGCUUCCGGGGCAACUCGCUCGAUGUGGUGUACGAAAAUGAAAUCUUCAACCCGAACGUCGACACGAACGUGACGCUCGUGGUGCCGAAGCAAACCAAAUGGUUGCACCAGCGGGCGGUGGCGCCACGGGGCGGCGGUCUGAAGAAGCAAACCUCGCUCGGCCGGCAGCAUUCGAUGCGGUACUCGAACUUUUACAAGGACAUGCGGCUGCACCGGAACUCGAUCCACUAUCGCGGUGCGCUGCUCAACACGCACCGGUACCGGUUGAAGGCAUCCUCCUGUCCGAACAUCUAUCGCAACUCGAUGACAACGAUCGCCAAGGAGCAAGAUGAGCCAUGGUACGGUAGUUUCAUCGACACGCUGAAAUCGAUUUUCGACUUUUCGCUCUUUUUCGAGUUCCGCUUCGGCAUGCUGUCCAUCUCGACGUUGCUGCUGUUCGUAUGGUACAUCAUUCCGUAUUUCUACAUCCCCGAGUACGUGCUGAACUACAAGUACAGCGAGCAGGAUGGUGCGAACCUAAUUUCGCUGAUCGGCAUCACCAACACGAUCGGCAUGGUCGGGCUCGGCUGGCUCGGCGAUCAGCCCUGGGUGGAUGUUGGGAAAACGUACGGCGUCUGUUUGGCAUUUUGCGGUGCAUCUAUCUUCGUCAUGCCGUGGCUCAUCUGGAGCUACCCGGCCAUGGUGGUCCUGUGCAUCAUCUUCGGCUUCACCUUCGCCAGCACGUUCUCCUUCACGCCGAUCAUAAUGGUGCGGCUGGUCAGCUUGGACGAUUUUACCGUCGCCUACGGUUUGGUGCUGUUGGUGCAGGGCAUUGGCAGCUUGAUCGGACCUCCGAUUGCCGGCUUCCUGUACGACGUUACGAACCGGUGGGACGAUUCGUUCUAUGCGGCCGGCUUCUUCAUCUUCCUGUCCGGCGUGUGCGCGUGGCUGAUCGGUUCGCUGGAACAGACGGCCGACAACGAGGAGGAGCAGGACGAUGGCGAGAAGGAGAGUGAAGCCCUUAGCUCAACGGUCACGGCCUAAGGCCGGUUGCUAGGAAGACAGAGGGGGGCUGUGCGUAACUGUGGUGCCUUUUGUACUUAUAUUCAACGAGCCGGUGUGUGUGUCUGUCGGUGUUUUGUUUGUUUGUUGGAGGUUCUAAGCGAUAGCAAUGAUAGCUUUUCCUUUCAUAUCACGUGUGUUCACAGCAAGCCUUACCGGUUAGGAAUUUCUAAUACAACCUCACAAGGGGGAAACAAUAAUUUCCCCGUACCUACCAACUCCUCAAAACUCAAACGCGAAGGACAUCACCUACCUCAGAGCAUACAGUUUUGCAACGCAAACGAUGUGUUUGAAGUAUUCGUAGUCAAAAAAGGUUGAGUGUUUACUCGUUUUCUUUGUGUUCGGCUUUUGACGUCAUUAGAGAAAAGUUUCCAUAUCUAGCUUAGAAAAAUGGAAGUAAGAAACAGCUACAACAAGCGCUUUCCGUAGUUCAAACGAACGUCAAUCGAAGAUGCUGCCUUAUCGAACGGUGAAAUGAUGCCCUGAAAUGAGGGAAGAGAACAAAAGAGCGUGGAAAGAGGUGAAUGAAUCGUGAUAGGAGGAUUAGUCUGGUAGAAAACGGAACAGGGGAAUCAAAGGAGAAGGAAACUUAAGACACUAUUCCCCCCUUGGGUCGUGCUGUAAUGUGUUAUCGAUAAGACAAAUAUGCAAUCUGGUAGGAAGAAAGAAUUGGACGAGAUCGAAUGUUAUUAGGUCAUGCUUUCGCGCUUUUACGCGCCAACCCAAUGCUGCACCUGCAAUGCGCAAUGGUUUAAACGUGUAGUUAGAACGAUUCGUUGCAUCCCACUCUAAGUAGGAGAACGUGAUCUUGGAGGAGCUUUUCUUCGGCGGUUAGAACAUUUGAACAAAAAAACUAUCCCACUUUUUCCCCCCUUCACCAGGGACCACACCAUCAUCAUCAGGCUACCAGUAGUAGAAGGAUACCUUUUCGAAAAAGGGAUGUAAGCGAACAUAUAUUUAACUGCACUGAGUGUGUGUGCGUAGUGUACUUUUGCGUAGUGUUUAGGCAAAUCCGCCAAUUAAGGUUUUAUUAGUUACGUAUUAGUUACGAACACACUUAAAGGAAAGCAAACACAGGGCUCUUUGUGAUUACAAAAGUACUUUGCAGGGACAGCAGGUUCUUUUUUAUCAUUUCUUUCACUCCCUUCAUCAUCCCCCACUCUCUCUCUCUCUACGUAUAUAAACGCGUAUAGGAAUUUAGGAAACUUAGGAAACAGUUUAGGAAACAUGUUAGUAAAAUCUUCCGUGCCCCGGAGCGUGAUAGUGUAGUGUUAGGGAGGGGAUAGUAGAGUGUGGUAGGAUCGUUUUUAGUUUUUAGCAUCCGUACUUACGUGUAAGAUGUACUUUUUUUUAAAUUUUUUGCUAGUUAGAAUAAAAAUUCCCCAAUCCCCCAAUCA